AUGUCCUCCUCUCUGGUGCACCAGCGCAGUGGUGUUUCCAACUACCUGCUACACAUGGUAGCCUACCAGAUAUGUUGCUGCUGUGGACCAGCCCCCUGCUCCCUUUGCUGCUCCGGCUGCCCCUCCAUCAAGUCUUCCACCAGCACACGCCUCAUGUACACCCUGUUCCACGUCCUGGCCUGCACCGUCUCCUGCCUCAUGUUCUCCAAGACCGUCUCCGAGGCAGUGAGCCAGAACGUGCCUUUCUUCACCCUGCUGUGUGGCCCCGCCCACGGGGGUGAGGACUGUCAGAUUCUGGUGGGAUACUCGGCAGUAUACAGGGUCUGCUUCGGAACCGCCUGCUUCCAUCUCGUCAUGGCGCUCUUCCUCAUCGACGUUAGGUCCAGCCAAAACUACCGUGCCCUCAUCCAGAACGGGUUCUGGCUUUUGAAGUUCAUAAUCCUGGUGGCUAUGUGCACUGCUGCCUUCUUCAUCCCGACAGACUCAUUCUUGCAUGCUUGGCACUACAUUGGAGUGGUGGGGGGGUUGGCCUUCAUCCUUAUCCAGCUCAUCCUCAUCACAGCUUUCGCUCACACCUGGAAUAAGAACUGGUUAACAGGCGCUGCCAAGAACAAGUGCUGGUAUGCAGCCAUCAUGCUGGCCACCCUUCUCUUCUACGCUGUCGCCGCCUCCGCCUUCAACUUCAUGUACAAGUACUACACGCACCCGGCGGCCUGCUAUCUCAACAAGGCCCUGCUGUGGACCAACCUGGGCCUCUGCGUCCUCAUGUCCUUCCUCGCCGUCACGCCCUGCGUACAGAGGAGGCAGCCUCGCUCCGGCCUGCUGCAGGCGUCCAUCAUCAGCUGCUACGUCAUGUACCUGACCUUCUCGGCGCUCUCCAGUCGCCCCCCAGACACAGUAGUGUACGAGGGUACAAAUAUCACCGUGUGUCACCCCAACGUGAGCCAAGAUGGCAUCCAGAAGGAGGGCAAUGCUGUGGCCAUUAUUGGGGCGGCUAUCAUGUACUGCUGUGUGCUGUUUGCCUGCAACGAGGCCUCCUACCUGGCUGAGAUGUUCGGCCCUUUUUGGAUGAUCAAAGUUUAUCGUUACGAGUUCAAGAAGGCCACCUGCUGUUUCUGCUACCUAGAAGAACCAGUGGCUCAGGAACCAGCUGUGGUGUUUGAGGUGGAUGAAGGUUUUCAAGGGAGACAGAGGGUCAUUCACAACGAGAACCAACGGGUCACCUACAGCUACUUCUUUUUCCACUUCGUGUUCUUCCUGGCAUCUCUCUAUGUGAUGAUGACCCUCACCAACUGGUUCAGCUACGAGUCGGCCGUGCUGGAGACCACUUUCACCCAGGGCAGCUGGUCCACCUUCUACGUGAAGCUGAGCUCCUGUUGGGCCUGCGUCCUGCUGUACCUGGGACUGCUGCUGGGUCCUGUGUGCUGCAGCCAGCCUGGGCGGGCCCCAAGGCCUCGCCGCAUACGAAUCCGCGGGCGCUCCGCAGCCCAGUGCCGCAUAGCCGUCAGCGUGUGAAUAUGCGGCCAGCGGGCGGAGCUACAGCGGGGACGCGGGCUCGUCGUGCGUGGAGGUGACGCCACGGAGUCACGUAGGGCGUGCGUGGCAGUGGCCAUGUACAGCGAGAGAAAAAGAGAGUGGGUGGGAUGCAGGGUGCCUGCGCACACCCAAGGGCACUGCGCAGAAACUGGGGUCACUGCGCAGCUGAAGCAAAGAUGGAUGUCGUAUGAGUGAGCUGCUGGGUCAGUCCUAUUGCAGGCUGUGUGCAGCUCUGGGGCACCGAGCGCUGUAGGGUGCCCAAGCCUGAGGAAUCACGUGACAUUAAUGUGUUUAUCGCUCACUGAUGCUGCUGCUGUGUUACACUCACAUCACUGUUAUAAACUGUAUCUCCGCAGUGAUUUACUCUGACACAAACAGUUACAAUGUAGCUCCACUGUGUGCAUCCCCGAACUUUGCCUUUCAGGAGGUGAAUUUUUUAAACAUUACUAAUGUUUAAAAAUUAGAUAUUGAUUGUCAGAA